UUACAGCGAGGAAACCAAGGAGAGUGGGCCCUGAUUCAUUCAACUACAUUUUUUAUUUUAUCUCUUCACCCGAAGAAGCUGCUCAUCUUAAAGUUACUGCUAAUUAUAAUUUAACACCAGUUGCAGUCGCGGCUUCCAAUCAGCCUUCCGUUUUGAGAGCCGAGACCAACAACCCCAUGGCUUCUGAUCUCUCCUCUGACCGCUCCGUCUUCCGCGGCGUCUCCUCCUCUUCUCCUAUCCGCCGCCGUGAUCUAGUCUUCGUCGUCAAUCCUCGAGGUGCUAAUGGGAGAACCGGUAAAGAGUGGAAGAAACUGCUUCCUUAUCUUCAAUCUCGCCUCGGCAGUGAUUGUAAUAUAUGUGAAUCUUUGACUUCGGGUCCUUCUCAUGCAAUUGACAUUACUAGGGAGGCAAUAAGAGAGGGUGCUGAUGCCGUCAUUGCAGUUGGAGGUGAUGGAACGCUUCAUGAGGUUGUUAAUGGGUUCUUUUGGGAUGGGAAACCUGUUGCUAAUUGGAAUACAGAGGCAGUUCAUUCAACCGCUCUUGGUCUCAUUCCCUUGGGGACGGGGUCAGAUUUUGCCCGAACAUUGGGCUGGAAAAAUGAUCCCCGUGAAGCCAUAGACCGGAUUGCUAGAGGGGUGAGAUCACGAAUUGAUGUCGGUGUCAUUAGCAGAGAAGGAUCUCAUUAUUUCAUAAAUGUUGCUGAUAUUCAUCUGAGUGCUAAGGCAGGUUUUUAUGCUUCAAGAUACAAGAAAUUUGGAAACUUGUGCUAUGUUAUUGGCGCUUUACAAGCCUUUAUUGGCCACCAUAAUCAGGACCUUAGAAUCAAGGUGAAUGAGGGUGAGUGGCAAACAUUGUCUCAAGUGACAGCCCUCUGUGUUGGAAAUGCAAAGUACUUUGGUGGUGGCAUGAAAAUCACACCAAAUGCUGAUCCUCAAAGUGGAAGUUUUGAGGUUGUCAUUCUUCAGGACUUCAAGUGGUAUGACUUCAUUCUAAAACUACACAAGCUCUACAACGGCACACAUUUGUCACUGAAUAAUGUGACCUCAAGAAAUGUAUAUACGAUCGAAGUAGAUGAGAUUUCAGGGAGUGGAAACAUUUUCAUUCAGUCUGAUGGGGAACAUCUAGGAUUUCUUCCUAGGAAGUUGUCUAUUCUACCUGGCGCUAUCGAGAUGAUAUGCUAACGUGAACCCUGGAAGAAAUUGAUCCUAUACAACCGGUGUAUCAGUUUACUCCAAAACUAUGCAUCUCCAUGGAUAGGGUCCAGUAAGACAAGCAAUUGACGUCAUCAAACUUAGAAGUAGGAAGAUAUGGGACAGAACACUGAUAGGCAGUGAUGGAGAUGAGUCAUUAGUGUUACUCCUUAUUUAAUAUUUUAGUUACUUGUGCUUAUGUUGAGUAAAUUUUGUAGAAGCACCAUCUUUCACCAAUGCUGAGGACUUAUUUUUCA